CUUGGGGGGGGGACCUAGCUCCAAAUAUUGGUGGAGCAGAGCCCCUGAUUAUGAAUAUUCCUGGGGCUUUAGCCCCAAGAGCCCAUAUAAGUUGGCGCCCAUGGCAAGGGGUAGGAUUAAGUUUACUCUCAGGGCAGGCUAAGAGACAUGGGGUGGGUGUCAUCUCCCUGUGACGGUGGAAUAAAGGGUCCUUAAGGAACUUCUUGUAAUCAGCCCAGAUCCCCAAGGGGGCCAGAGAGACAAGGCAAGUGCUGCCGACUCCUGGAUUUCCUGCCUCUCAGCUGGGAGGUUGAGCAGAGACCCCAGCUCGAGAGCACAGGACUAGGAGGUGCUGGACAAAGAUGGAGGCUCUCACCUGGAGCUGGCCAAGGAGGUCUACGGCACGGUGAUGCAUGUGAACCGCGGGAACCCGGCUGGCCAGGAGGUGCUGGUGGAUUCAUGGCCAGAGUUCAAAAUGGUCCUCACCCGGCCACGCAGAGAAUGUCCCCCCUGCAGGUGGCGCGGGACCCAAGUGAUUAUUUCACCAAUUUGUACACGGCUUUUUACCGGGACGAGGGCGCCUGCCGGGCCCUGCUGGGGAACAGCCGCACCGUGGACUGGGGCCAGGCCUUCCAGAUACUGGGGCUGCAGGACGGGGUACAUGAGAAGAUCAGGGACAUCGCCAGGGCCAGGGGGCUUGAGAUGGAGACGCAUCCGCACCGGCUACUACUGCACCCAGACCCACCUGCCAUUUCCCAGUACCGGCCUGAGAAGGGGCUCAGGCUGGCCCCCGUGUCCCCCGCCCACGCCAUGCUGCUCAACGACACCUGGACGUUUGGGGGGAACAGCUGGAGCCUGCGCUACCUGAGCCACCUGAUCCGCCACUUCCCCAGUGCCUGCCUGCUGGACCCUGAGGGGACCCCCAUCUCCUGGUGCCUCACCGACCCGCUGGCUGCCCUGACACACGGUUACACCCUCCCGGAGCAUCGUGGCCAGUGCCACUUCGGAUCCGUGGUGGGGACGCUGGCAGCACAGUUGCAUGCCCGCAGCUUCCCUGUUCACACCCGGGUGCUGCCCCACAACGAGCCUUCACUGCACACCCUGCAACGCCUCGGCUUCCGCAUCCUGCCUGGGGUGUUCUACCUGCUGGUGGUGAGGCCUGGGUUCGCCCAGUCCCAGCCAGCCAGUGCCCUGGACUCGGCCCAGGACCCUGCGCCCAGCUCUGGGGAACGGCAACACGCCCAACAGCACUUAGCACAGGGGGAGGGGAGCGGAGGAGAAGAGGACACGGCCUAGGGCCCUGCACCCAGCUCUGGGGGACAGCCACGCUCUGCCAGCACAUAGCCCUGGGGGAGGGGAGGAGAUGGGGACACAGCCCAGCCAUGCCCAGGGACCUCCUGCUCUGCUACCCCCCAUGAAGGGGACACACUGACCAGGCACCAGGGGAGCUCAGCUGUCAGCCCUUGGGAAGCCGGGGCCUGGUGGAGGAGACUCUCUCAUGCUCCAUUAUCCCCUGCAGCAGGGCAGAGGCUCAGUAGGGGGCGCUCUCCCCUGGCAGUCAGGGCUGGCCCCAAAGAGACCAGGGUGAGGGCUCAGCAGGGGGUCUCUCUCGCUCCCUUCCCCAGGCAGUUUGUUGCUCGGCUGGGCCUGUGGUGGUGGUGUGGGGGGGGUCCCCGUUCCAGGUGCUGCGCCUGGUCUUGCCAGAGCUUUGGUGCAAGCUCCCUUGGGCUCCGAGCACAUGUCCCAGCUGUGGCCCACCCCUGACCUCCCCUGUGGUGAUAGGGGGCAGGUGCUGGCCUUGCACGGCUGCUCCAGGGCCAGCAGCCAGCUGGAAAGCCAGGCCAGGGCUUGUGUUUAUGCUGGUGCACUACAGGGGGGAGGGAAGCAGUCACAGGACCCCCCCCCCCCGUAGAGCCCUGCUGGGCCCAAACCCCGAUAGUGUAGACGUACCAAAAGAGAAUUUUCUGUAAUAGUUUUGAUGCCGGUGUGCCUCAGUUUCCUUCUGUACUUUGCAUCUCUGCCCAGUGGGUGCCAAAGGGUUAAAAAGCUGCUCCUGGGGCAGAGCAGGGACAGGAGGGGGGUGUCACAUGGCUGGGGGGCAGGACCUGGGCGUUCAGGAUCAAAACCAGACCAACGGAGGCUCCACAAAGAAGAAGAGUUGGGUUUUGGUGGGACUCAGGAGCUCCCAGCUGGGACUGAAAGAGUUGGAGACAGGAUCCAGUUUUGGCUCUUUAGCAGCUCGGCUGGGUGGGGCCCUGGCCUGUGUCUUCACCUUCACUUCUCUCUGCUGCCCCAGGGACCACCCAGGCUGGGUUCCCCGGGACCAAUAAACCGUGUGCUGUGUGGAAAA